UCAAGUUAUGGACACUCAACAGGAACAGUGGAGACCUGGAAAAGCAACAAUUGAUUGAAUGAAGAAUAGAGCGAGCCAAGUGUAUUUGACGAGAAAAAUAAAAAUCUCGCCCCGAUCCUGACCGCACAUUGCCCUAUGACGUCGGCUCUCAUCGCGAUCAGAGAUGCCGCCGCCGCCGCCGAUGCCGAUGGCGGUGGCAUGUACUCUCCGGCGAAGGAGAAGGCGGCGAACAGAGGCGCCUACAGCGGCCGCUCGCCUCUCCUGCACCGCCGCAUCCGGCAGCUUCUUGGCGGCGGGAAGGCCAAACUUCUGAUCUCGCUUUUCCUUCUCAGCUUCUUUGCUUUGUCCGCCUCCAGACUCGGUGUUUUCAUGGGGUGGAACCCUCACUUUCCUGCUUCGGUCUCUUCUCCUUCCAGGGGUUGCUACACAGUCCUUAUCAACACAUGGAAACGGAAUUCUCUUCUCAAGCAAUCUGUUGCUCACUAUGCAUCCUGUAGUGGAACUGAUGCGAUACAUGUAGUGUGGAGUGAAAGUGAUCCACCGUCCAAUACCCUAAAGGCUUAUCUUAAAAAAAUUGUAUUGAAACAAUCACAGACAGCUCACAAGCCCAAUUUCAAGUUUGAUCUAAAUGAGGGGGAUAAUUUAAACAAUAGAUUUAAGCCAAUUGAGGACCUUAGACCAGAUGCAAUUUUCUCAGUAGAUGAUGAUGUAAUUGUUCCAUGUCACACCUUGGAUUUUGCAUUUACUGUGUGGCAGACUGCUCCCCGCACCAUGGUAGGAUUUGUUCCUCGCAUGCAUUGGGUGGAUGACAAGAAAAAUGGUGUUGCAUCCUAUAAAUAUGGAGGAUGGUGGUCGGUUUGGUGGACUGGCCAUUACAGCAUGGUUCUCUCAAAAGCAGCAUUCUUCCACCGGAAGUAUUUGGAUAUGUACACUCACGAAAUGCCGUCAUCUAUUCAUGAUUAUGUGACCAGGGAGAGAAACUGUGAAGACGUUGCAAUGUCUCUGCUUGUCGCGAAUGCCACUAGUGCACCCCCAAUCUGGGUCAAAGGGAAGAUAUAUGAGAUCGGGUCAUCAGGGAUAAGCAGUCUAAAAGGGCAUAGCAAAAGGAGAAAUAAAUGCCUCAAUGAUUUUGUCUCGCUGUAUGGGACUGUGCCUUUGGUUCCAACCAGCCUAAAAGCCAUGGACGCAAGACAUGAAUGGUUCUGGUAAUAACAUAUCCAAUCUAUUUAUCUGGCAACUGCAGCCAUUUCUCAGAUCCACGAAAUCACGGUUUGUUUCUGUCACAUAUUCUUGGAUCUUUCUCUUGGAGUUGGAACUCUAUCCAGAUUGCGUUGCUCUUACAUUAACUCGGCUAUAGUUGACUUGGUUCUGCUGCUUAGUUUUCUACCCGAAUGUUGUUGUAUAUAUGGAUGUUAGUAAAUGAGAGUUGAGUACGAGUGUAUUAGAAAGUAUGAUUUUGUAUUGAUGGGUUACAUCUUAGCAUCUGUUUGUGUAAAAAAGCAGUGACACAAUUAGUGAAUCCAAAUUAGUUUUGUA